CAGCCCGGCGUCGGUCGUUCCGCCCGCCGGUCACAUCGCGCCCUCUCUUCUGCCGGUGUCGUCCUCACCGGCCCCACCAUGCUGUCUCUAGAUUUUUUGGACGAUGUGCGGCGGAUGAACAAGCGGCAGCUGUAUUAUCAAGUCCUAAAUUUUGGAAUGAUUGUCUCCUCAGCACUAAUGAUCUGGAAGGGGCUAAUGGUCGUAACUGGAAGUGAAAGUCCAAUUGUAGUGGUGCUCAGUGGCAGCAUGGAACCUGCAUUUCAUAGAGGAGACCUUCUCUUCCUAACAAAUCGAGUGGAAGAUCCCAUACGAGUGGGAGAAAUUGUUGUUUUUAGAAUAGAAGGAAGAGAGAUUCCUAUAGUCCAUCGAGUCUUGAAGAUUCAUGAAAAGCAAAAUGGACAUAUCAAGUUUUUGACCAAAGGAGACAAUAAUGCGGUUGAUGACCGAGGCCUCUAUAAACAAGGACAACAUUGGCUAGAGAAAAAAGAUGUUGUGGGGAGAGCGAGGGGAUUUGUUCCUUAUAUUGGGAUUGUGACAAUCCUCAUGAAUGACUAUCCUAAGUUUAAGUAUGCAGUACUCUUUCUGCUGGGCCUAUUCGUGCUGGUUCAUCGUGAGUAAGAAGCUGCCUUGCUGUUCCUGGGAGGUGCCGUACUUUGUGUUACUGAUGUUUGCAGUAGAUGUUGGUCUGUGGCUGGCGGAGUGGCGCGUACACAUGCUGGCCCCUCCUGGUAGCACUGGUUUGCAUUCGUUUAUGUUCCCACCCAGAGUCUGUAUGGGCAGGUGUGCGUGCCCCACUGGGCGCUCUCCAGGGGACUCUCAAUCACAGGAUUUCAUAUGUUGUCAUUGUCCCACUUUCGCAUUUUUGUACAUCAGUGGAUUUUUUAUAUUAAAAGGUUGAGCCAAAGCCCCCAGUGUUUGUAUUUUGAAGCCAAGCUUCACUUCUAAAGUGCCUACAGAGUCUGUAAGGAACACGCAGCUCUGCCUGAGUUUGAAGCCACCGUUCCUCCUUCUAAUGGGAAUGGCGCAUACGGAGGUGGUCGGAAGUUUUAACGUUUUAAAAUGUUAAAUAAAAGACUUUGCAUAUUGAA